AACUUGAUAGUCUUAUCUUGACCUUCGAAGAGGAAACUUCCUUUCUCCAACACAGUACGUGUGAACUUUCGUGCAGGUACAUGACCAUGUGGGGUUUACUACUACUUGUAUCAGUGGGUGGCUGCCUCGGCAUGAACCAACUGCCUAUCACUGCUAAUUGGAAUGGCGGUUUCAAGGGCGAAUUCAUCGUGACAGGCGAAUUGCACAACUGGAAGGUUCAUCUAAUUUUUGACAAACCUGUCGACCAACUUGAGGUCUAUAAAUUUUCUAUUGAGAGGCGACUAAAUGGGGGUAGAGAAUUCAUUUUACGUGCAUUACCCGAGCAUGCGAACCUUGCAGCUGGUACUACACUCGCGUGUGUUGUUGUUGCUCGACGAAAUGGUGAUGCUUAUCCACACGGAAGGUAUUCUAUCGUGGGAAAACACACUGGCAGUGGGACCAGCUCCAACGUUGGUACUAGCAGUGCGGGUACAACUACCGGAAGUUCAAGCGGACCCACUACCAGGGUUACUAGCACUGGGGUUCCUAGUAUAAGAAGUACAUCCUACUGGAGAAAGACACCGCCUACUACACCCUCUGGAGCAGGUUCUCCAAUGAAGUAUGAUUACAACGAAGCACUCCGCCUUUCCAUACUCUUCUACGAUGCUCAGCGUUCCGGUCACCUUCCUCCAAACAACCCCAUCCCAUGGCGCGAAGAUUCGGCCGUCAACGACGGUGCCGACGGUCACGAUCUUAGCGGAGGCUGGUAUGAUGGCGGGGACCAUGUGAAAUUUGGUCUGCCUAUGGCCUGGUCUACCUGGGUGUUGCUGUACGGUAUGUUAGAGUUCCGGGACGGGUAUGAGGCUGCCGGACAGAUAGACAAAGCAUGCGAUAUGAUCAGAACGCCUCUGGAAUAUUUCCUCAAGUGCUGGAUUCCGGGUCAACAAACGCUUUAUGUACAAGUAGGCGAUGGUCAUGUUGAUCAUGGAUACUGGGGUCGACCAGAAAAUAUGAAUAUGGGACGUCCUGCGUACAAAGUGACCACCUCGUGCCACGGAAGUGACGUAGCUGGUGACACUGCCGCUGCAAUGGCGGCCGGAUAUCUCGUCUUCAAGGACAUGUGCGGAGAUACUGGUUUUGCUGACAAACUACUCGACGCAUCGAAGAGUUUAUAUACCUUUGCAAAGAACAAUCGAGGCAAAUACACGGACUGUAUCACACAGGCAAAGGACUUCUAUUGGUCUACAGGUGAGGCUGAUGAACUUUCCGUGGCUGGAGCAUGGUUGUAUAAAGCCACUAAUGACCAGUCCUACUUAAAUGACGCCAAGGAAUUUUACCCCAUAGGUACAGCCUGGAGCUUCAACUGGGAUGAUGCCAAUACUGGUGCAGCCUUACUCUUGUAUGACAUAACGAAGGACGGGAAAUAUAAAACUGACAUUGAGAGUCUUGUGAAUGCGUUUCAACCUGGUGGCGACGUACCAACUACUCCAUGUGGUCUAGCCUGGAGGGACCAGUGGGGCCCGAACAGAUAUGCCGGUUCUCCAAUGAAGUAUGAUUACAACGAAGCACUCCGCCUUUCCAUACUCUUCUACGAUGCUCAGCGUUCCGGUCGCCUUCCUCCAAACAACCCCAUCCCAUGGCGCGAAGAUUCUGCCGUCAACGACGGUGCCGACGGUCACGAUCUUAGCGGAGGCUGGUAUGAUGGCGGGGACCAUGUGAAAUUUGGUCUGCCUAUGGCCUGGUCUACCUGGGUGUUGCUGUACGGUAUGUUAGAGUUCCGGGACGGGUAUGAGGCUGCCGGACAGAUAGACAAAGCAUGCGAUAUGAUCAGAACGCCCCUAAAAUACUUCCUCAAGUGCUGGAUUCCGGGUGAACAAACGCUUUAUGUACAAGUAGGCGAUGGUCAUGUUGAUCAUGGAUACUGGGGUCGACCAGAAAAUAUGAAUAUGCGACGUCCUGCUUACAAAGUGACCACCUCGUGCCACGGAAGUGACGUAGCUGGUGACACUGCCGCUGCAAUGGCGGCCGGAUAUCUCGUCUUCAAGGACAUGUGCGGAGAUACUGGUUUUGCUGACAAACUACUCGAAGCAUCGAAGAGUUUAUAUACCUUUGCAAAGAACAAUAGAGGCAAAUACACGGACUGUAUCACACAGGCAAAGGACUUCUAUUGGUCUACAGGUGAGGCUGAUGAACUUUCCGUGGCUGGAGCAUGGUUGUAUAAAGCCACUAAUGACCAGUCCUACUUAAAUGACGCCAAGGAAUUUUAUCCCACAGGUACAGCCUGGAGCUUCAACUGGGAUGAUGCCAAUACUGGUGCAGCCUUACUCUUGUAUGACAUAACGAAGGACGGGAAAUAUAAAACUGACAUUGAGGGUCUUGUGAAUUCGUUUCAACCUGGUGGUGACGUACCAACUACUCCAUGUGGUCUAGCCUGGAGGGACCAGUGGGGCCCGAACAGAUAUGCCGCAAAUGUCGCCUUCAUAGCAACAAUGGCAGCAAGGUAUGGUAUCCAAUCUGAUGCUUACAAUAAAUGGGCCAUGUCCCAAAUUAACUACCUUCUUGGAGACAACAAACUUAAUAUGAGUUAUGAGAUUGGAUUUGGAAGCAACUUUCCUAAACGACCACAUCAUAGAGGAAGUUCAUGUUCGACGAGCAACGUGUGUGCCCAGGGUAACGAAACGAACCCAAACAUUCUUAAGGGUGGUUUGGUAGGAGGACCUGACCAGUGGGAUAACUAUGGCGACAGAAGGGAGGCUUAUGUGAAAAAUGAAGUGGCCUGUGACUACAACGCCGGUUUUCAGUCGGCUCUAGCCGGUUUAAUCCAUUUUGCGCACAACAACAAUCUUCCAGCUGCACCAGCGGCCAAGUGUUAAAAGUUCUUACUUAUAGACAUCCAGUGCAGAUGAAAGUACUUCUUCAACUGAAUAAAUUUUCUACACAAAUAAAUAAUUGUUACUGUUUUCGUUCACAACAAGUAACGGUUUACUAUCACAUACCGGUUAUUUUCUGUUACCCAGCCUAUAGACUUUCUUUAU